AUGCCUCCAACAAGCGUCGAUCCCCUACCUGCCUACAUGGAGUCCCAAGACCGGUAUGCCCUUCCGCCAGAGACAAGAGGAUCUGGAUGCAAGGUUGCCAUGAAUCGGUACAAGUACAGUAUGCGUCGUCUGGAUCGACGCAAUCUUACCACAUGUGGUCACCACACUGCAUCCCCUCUCCCCCCUCCCCUCCGCAACAUCACAGCUAGUGCUACGACGGCCGCGGAUCAGCUUGGAGUUGGAGGUAUUUGGUGUGCUCGAUGCCGGACCCGCAGUUUGCAAGCGCAGGAUAUCCCAAAAAGUGCAGUCAAAGACAAACUCCACCACCCCGAGUGGGAAGCUGGAGGAGAAGUCGUCGGGUUAGGUAGCAAGGCGAGCGAGCAUAACCACCUCGGGAGGAACAGCGGCGAACAGCCAGGCUGGUGCUGGACCGACGGAGCCAACGUCAGUGCCGCGCGCCCCCCGCAGAUGGCUCCAGAGCUAGAGAACCCCGAAUUGCCGCUCAUGUCGCAGCUAGACUGCGCUGGAGAGGAGGAGGACUGGCAAAGGCAGCUCUGGGGACGCACAGCAUUAUCACUGCCUCGAGAUGAAUACAAUACAGUGGCCACUGACCAAUGCAACUCGCCCUCUGCAAGGCCAAUUACCAGAUACCAAACAUCAUCGCCAGAUAGCAACAGUCCCCCGCCUGUUCAAUUUCAAUGGGUAAUGAGGAAACCGCCCGUCUCCACUUCACAGCCUGUUGUUUGCAAUCGGCAUCGAUGCUGCGUCAGUUGCGCAGCUGAUUGGAUGGCGGGCGGACGCCUCGAUGCGCAAGCUGUGGCCCGCAUCGCUUCGGUUCCGCACUGUUUGACCGAGGCGUGA